GCAAACAAGCAACCGCAGCUUGCCAUGCACCGACCGCUUUGAUGAGACGAAAGACGCCCAAUUCACAGCACCAUGUUCGCCACUCGCAAUCAGGAUGAGAAUGCCAUCAACGCGCAGCAGCAGGUCGCUGCGGCGAAACCGCUGAACCAGAGCGUCCGAGGCCUGGCACCGAAAACGCCCGCGAAUAAGCCGACCUUCAAGACGCCCGCGCGCGACAACAAGCACGACGAGAACUCCAAGCUGGACUUUGGCAAGGCUGGAGGCAAGCCAGGCAAAGCAGAUCUCAAUGCUUUUGUAACGCCUGCCAACAAUCGCCCUCGUGCGCCGUUGGGGAACAAAACGACCAAUGCCAAAGCACUCCAGACCCCGGCUUUGCAGGUGCCAUCGGAGGACAAGCCGAAGGCGACAUCACCGCGUCUACGACGAUCAAAGAUCAAAGUCCAUGAGAGUCUCGAUACGGCUCAUGAUGUGCUCAAUACGGAUCCCGAGGAGCGCGAGAUAGAGUAUAUGCCACCUCGUGGUGUGCCGUUGAACGAUGAUCCAGAUGACAUUCUGCCACAUCCAAUGAACCUGGACUUGCUGAAGGGAGAGAACUUGACGCGAGGCUGGUGGGCACAGUAUUCGCAGAGGGACAUCGAUGAUGAGUUCAGCGACUUGGAAGAGAAAAUCGAGAAGGCCGAAGCUCAACGGAAGAAAGAAGAAGUGAGGAAAGCCAAGGCAGCGUCGAAGCCUUCCACGAGCAGGACUGGAACCGCAGCUGCUCCCAAAGCUGCACCAUCUUCCCUGCGUGCAAAGACCGCCGCAUCUGCACUCAGCACAAAGCCUAUUGCCAGACCGGCUCCGAUGGCAAGAGCUCGUCUCACUGGGCCUGCCACCUCAGCUACUCGAAAGCCAGCUCCAGCUUCUGGUAACCCACGCUUCGCGGCCGCCAAAGCAGCAUCGAAUAGCACAAUUGGAUAUUCCAAAGGCAGGAGCGUCUCCACCUCGACUCGACCACCACUCUCCAACAUCCACUCGCGCCCACAAGCUCCCAAGGAACCAGCGCAGCCAAAAUCUACCACCCUCGACAACCUGCUCAAGCUCUCCGCCUUGGAGUUGAGCAACGGACACGAGGACGAUGACGAGCCAGCACCUAUCCCCACAAACAAUGCUCUGGAUGCUCUCUUUGGCGACGAAGAUGAGGAGGAAGUUUUCCAGCUUGAUCCAGUCCAGGAUCUCUGAGGGGAACGUCGAUGGCUGGGGCUUGAUGGUGUCUGUACCCUUGCAAGCGUGCUCUUCCCACCGGAGCUUUUCUUUUCAUUUUGUUUUGGCGUUCGAAAGACCACGAAUGAUUGUGUGGCAGCGGGGUUAUACCACGAAUUGCAUAACAUGCAGAUGAACCAAAUUGAAGGCUUGAUUGUAGGCUAUUCGUAGACAGAG